UCCAAUUUAUGUGCGCAAUGAUGGUGUCGCAGCUGCUCCUGUCAUAUGCUCUGCUCAUUUACAAUACAGGGUUCAGUGCUGGAGACAUUGUGUAUGUGGAGACAGGAGCUUCUGUUCAACUGAAUAUACAGAGAGAGAAACUACCUGCUGAGUUUGAUGAUAUAUCCUGGAAGAACGAAAAAUCUCAGAAUCUAGUGAAAUAUUUGAUUAAAUCAAAUGAUGUAAAACCCCACUCUACCUACAUAGACAGAGUGGAUUUCAAUACAGAAACCUUCUCUCUAACACUAAAGAACAUGCAGAAGAUUGACAGUGGAAUCUACAGAGCAAUAGCAAGUUCAGAAAAUGAUAUAAAUAUUGCUGAACAUAAAGUGUCUGUUAUAGAUGCAGUGAAAGCUCCUGUCCUGACUUUAAACUCUAACUGGUCCAUCACAGAACCCUGUAACUUUACAUGUACAGCAGAUAAUCUCACAAUCAUCAACUAUUACAGUACCAGCUGUUCUGAUGAAGUGAAAUCAUCUGGAAUCUACAAUCUAAACCUGAAAUGCAAUGAUGACCUCAUCAUUUGUAACCAUAGCAACCCUGUCAGCUGGAAGAACGACACAAACACUGUUCAACAGCUCUGCAAUGUCAUUCCAGAGAACAUAACCUCUGGUUCAGGAUCUGUACUUCUCCAUUGGUUAAUUCCUCUUUUUAGUUUUUUGUUAUUGGGUUUGUUUGGAGUGGUUGGCUUUUAUUUCUACAAGAAUAGAAAAGUGCAUCUUUUAAAUGCCCAGCAUCGUGAAAGCACAGUCUACGCAGAGGUUGAGGAGAAACAAUCACAAAGCUUGUUGGAGAUGAAGGGAUCAGCAAAUGCUCAAACCUUGUACAAACCUGCAGAAAUGGAGCUUGGUGUCACCAUGGCAAUCAGCCAGACCACACCUGAUCCUGAAUCUACAAAUGAAAAUCCACCAGCAGCAGGUAAACCAGUCACUGUCUACAGCACCGUUCAACGGCAUGCAAUACCCCCACCAUCUGAAAGUGAAAAAACUGUUUAUGGUGUGGUAAAAAGACCCUUAGUUGGUUGUGAAUCUGUGAAUUCACAAUAAAAUGCAUAUGAUCGAUAGAUUAAAGAGAUAAUACUUUACUCACCCUCAUGUCAUUCCAAACCUUUAUUUCCGUGUUUCUACUACAAAACAAAACAAUUAUUUAUGAAUUUUAAACAAUGUUGGUAACCAAAUAACAUGGGAGCAUUGACCUCCAUUUCUCAAAAUAACUUCUUUCUGUAUGUGUUCCACAGAUGAAAGAUACAGGUUUUUAAUGACAUGUGCGUGAAGAAAUGAAGACAGAAAUAUUUUUUCUGUCCCCUUAAGAGUAUACACAGAACCUCUGUAAUAGGUGCUUAAGUGUUGCUUAUUUGUUUUUAUUAUUAAUGAAGAAGAAUUUGAACAGUUUUAUACAAAUAAGAGUACAUACACCUAUUAGAGUCAGGGGUCUCAAAAAAGAAAAAAAGAAAAGAAAAACUUAAACUGAAAGGCAUUUUACAUAAAAAGCUUGUCUUUGUUCAAUAGCUUUAUAGUUUUUCUUGCUUUUAAAUUUUGACUUGUUCGCAUUGUUUCCAAAUAUGCUAGAACAUUUUUGAAAUGCUCAAAGCUGGGUAUAUUUUCACACCCUUUACUUGAAUAUAAAAACUAGGCAUUGACAGGAAGUAGUGCUUGUUUGAAUGUGCAUGCAGUAAAUAAAUAUAGUUUCAUGACGUGGAAUUUGAAAUUAUGUCACAAGAACAUUUCACUAUGCAUUGUAGAGUGGUGUAGCAAGUCAGGUCCGGGCCCAUAUGCAGGAACUUAACGGGGCCCCAUCUGUCUAUUAGCGACCACGUUGCACAUUAUUUGAAUUAUUUAAAUGUUGACGUGCGUCAAUUGUGCUUAAAUUGUAACAGCAGACUACUGUAAUAAUGUGAACUAGUGAUCUUUCAUUCUGUCUGUAUGUUCUUUGUGUCAAUAAAAAAUAAGAAAUAAAAACAUAAACAACUGAA